AUGAAAGGAGAAUAUCUAGACCACCACCCACAUCACCAUCCUCCUCCACCGCCUUCCUCAAAGCAUGAAACCAACAACAUGUUCUCCAAGCUUCACCAUCACCAACUCCCUUUCCCCACUCACCACUUCCACCUCGACGAUUCUUCCGAUGACCCGCGCCGCUCCCCGACUCCUCCUCCACCACCACAGCCAAUUUCCUCUUCCAAACCCAACUCGGCCGGCGGCGGCGGCGACGGCGCGACGAUCGAGGUCGUGCGCCGGCCCAGGGGCCGGCCCCCGGGGUCCAAGAACAAGCCCAAGCCGCCAAUCAUAAUCACCCGCGAGCCUUCCGAAUCCGACCCGCCGCCCAUGAGCCCGUACAUCCUCGAGAUCCCUGCGGGAUGCGACGUCGUCGAGUCGGUCUCCCGAUUCUGCCGCCGUAAGGGCAUCGGGCUGUGUGUGCUCACGGGGUCGGGAACCGUCGGCAACGUCACGCUCCGUCAGCCGUCCACAACCCCCGGCGCCACUGUGACCUUCCACGGGAGGUUCGAUAUUCUUUCAGUCUCGGCAACUUUCUUCCCACAACAGAGCGCGGCGGCGGCGGUGCCGAAUCCGAACGCGUUCUCGAUUUCGCUCGCGGGUCCGCAGGGGCAGAUCGUCGGCGGCAUUGUGGCUGGGGGUUUGGUGGCUGCUGGGACGGUGUUCAUCAUCGGGGCGACGUUUAGCAGUCCAAGUUUUCACAGGCUGGAUGAUCAGGAAGUGAGGAGCUCCGGAUCCGGCGGCGGCGGCGGCGGCGGUGGUGGAGAAGCGGUUGCUUCUUCGCCUGCGAUUUCGGGCGCCGGCGGAGGCGGAGAUUCGGCUGGGGAUGGCGGGAUGCAGCAGCCGGCGUACAGCGAGGCGAUUUGGCCGGCCAAUAUCAGACCACCAGCUGCUGCUGCUGCCGGUGGAGGGAACGAGAUUAUGUGGGGUGACGUCACGCCGCCGGCCAGCAGGGGGCGACACGUGGGGAGCGAGAUGAUGUGGCCGCCGCCGCCGCCGAACAGCAGAGCAGGGCCGCCGCCCUCGCGAUCCCCACCGCGAAGCGAGAUGAUGUGGCCGCCGAACGGGAGACAGUCUUCGUCCAGAUCGCCGCCUCCACCGCCUUACUAG